CGAGUGAGCGACUGGGCGCGGAGGUCCCCUCCUUCCUCGCUCGAGUCUGCCAGCUCCCGCUCGCUCCCUACCCACUCCCGGGGGGCUGUUCUGUGGCGCGGCCGCCGCGGCCACCGCUUCUUUCACACUUUAGUUGCGAGCGGCGCGCCGCGCUCAGUGACUGGAGAGCUGGCCGCACGCCGCCUUCCCGCACGCACUCACGCGGUCCCGGCUCCGGGGCUUUCUGCUUUUACUCCGGACGGCGGGGAGGAGGGGGAGCCCCGGCCACACUGUGGGAAGGAGGAGGACGUGGAAGAGGGAGGAAGAGAACGGGCGAGGAGGCCAGGGGCGGGGGGCGGGGGGCUUGCCACCUUCAGCCCCCCCCCGCGAGCGCCCAAGGUGCACGCACUGUGACCAACGCAACGACGAAGUGGAUUUCCUUUGUGUUUAAAGAGAGAAGAAGAAAAAUGUCCCCGUGUCUGUAGAGAUGAUUUGCAGUUCAGCCCGGCUGAAGCUGACCGAAUGAGACUAUGGGCUGUGCCUCUGCCAAGCAUGUUGCUACUGUUCAAAAUGAAGAGGAGGCUCAGAAAGGGAAGAACUACCAGAACGGAGAUGUGUUUGGCGAUGAGUAUAGAAUCAAACCCGUGGAAGAGGUCAAAUACAUGAAAAACGGAGCAGAAGAGGAGCAGAAAAUAGCAGCCAGGAACCAAGAAAACCUGGAAAAAAGUGCCAGCUCGAAUGCGAGGCUUAAAACUAAUAAAGAAGUCCCUGGAUUGGUCCAUCAACCCAGAGCAAACAUGCACAUCUCUGAAAGCCAACAAGAAUUCUUCAGAAUGCUGGAUGAAAAAAUUGAAAAGGGUCGGGAUUACUGUUCUGAAGAAGAGGAUAUUACAUAGCAUCGGUUCUCCUACUCAGACCAGGAGCUACUACUGUGUAAAUAGGUUACACCCCAGUUGAAGCCUUUGCAAAGGUCGGUUCUCUUCACUGAACAGCACUAUAGCAAACGAAGACCGUUCCAUAUCGUAUGCCCCAUUAAAUUACAGUGUUUCUUAAUGAACCUGCAAAGGAAUAUUGCUAAACACAAACAUACACAUACAAAAAAAAAAAAACUGUUCUGGAACUUUCUUUGUUGCUGCUAGUUAAAACUUGUUGCAACUUUUCACUUCUCUCGUGUCCAAGUAUGCAGCAGAAUUCUGCAGUUCACCUUAAAGAUACUAUUGGUUUUCUGAUGCUCUCCGGCCUGUUUUCUAUAAGAUGUAGUGAUGAACUCUGAUACAGACUUCAGUCCUAGCCUGGUUCUGCUUUGAAGUCAAGCUUCUCUUCCCCUCUUUCCUCCUUAUCCAUCUCUUCCAAGUGGUCCAGAGAUGGCCUGAGCCUUGCUUCUCACUGGUUAAUGUAGGUCUUUGGAGAUGGGAUGGUGGCCAUGGUGAGCCUUGUUUCACUGCUCAAAAGUUGAAGAGCCACGGUUGGUUAAGAGCAUGUUGUGCCCUGACUCCAGGAAGUGACACCGGAGUGAGCAGCAGGUCGUGCCACUUACCAGGACUCUUAGUGCAGGGUGAAGCUUGUAGCAUUGGCUUUGCUCAGAUGCAAAUGGAAGUGUGACCACAAUCAUUUUGAAUCCCUCCUCCUCACUUUUUUUUCUAAGAAAUAAACAUUUUACUGUUUUUAUGUAUCCUUGUCUUCUCCCAUUCAUCCAGGUUGAAAUCUCCCAUUUUAAGAUGAUCCUAAGUGUGGAAGUUAAGCCCUUCACAGUGACACUGAUGAGCAGCCUAAAUGGCUCCCCACCCUUCUGUUGAUAUCUGCCUGGUUUGGAAGGGCUGUGAGUGGUCAGAAGAGAUGAGGGAACAACCCUGUGACUUCUUAGGGCUGGAAACCACCUGACUUUUGGUUUUAUUAGGUCUUAAAGCACGCUGUUUUCUAAUUCUCCCCCUUCAAAAUGCUACGUGAGCCUUGCCACGUCCUUCCAUUGUGUUUCCAGCACCAGUAGUAUGGGUGAAAGGUGUCUGCCUAAAGGAAAACAGGACAGUCACACGGUCAUGCCAUUUGGAGAUGUGGAAGCCGAAAGUCCCUGGUGGUGGGGAGUGUUGACUACGUGUUCAGUAGAGUUUAUUUUUCCAUACUAUAUGAAGAGAAUGGUCUCUUCUCAAAGACAGAAGUAAUAUUUUUAACAAAUAUUGUCACAAGUAAAUAGCAAUCAAAAGGAGAAAAUAACUUUUGUAUUUUUUUAUCAUGUUUGAUAGCUUUGAUGAGGGUUCUCUUUGUUACUUUCAGGGGAGGGCACCCUAUUCAAUGCCAUGCCAGCAUGCCAGCAGUCCAGGGUUGGGUUUAUCCUCACACACACACACACACAGGAAUGCUGUGUUUUUCAUUUUGAGGGUUGUGAGUUUCAGGGCCUCACUAUCAGCCACAAUGCCACCUUUGGAAGGUGGAAUAGUUACCAGAGGGACAGUUAAGAUGUUCCCAGUUGUCAGAAGGUGUCCGCCGCAGAAUAGAAUCGGGAGCUAAAUUGGUUCUUGCCGAAAUGAGCCUUGACUUUUAAAUCUGUCCACAGAAUGUCAAGAUCUCCUGUUAGACCCAGGGCGACAAAAGUGAGGGAGAGAAAAUGCAGCCGAGUGCUAUGGAAAAUGGACCCGAGUGUAAGCAACAAAAUUCCGUAAUUCUUGCAGCCAGCAGCAGCUAUUUUGGGGAGCAGCUGUGGUUGUUACAUAAAUAGAGUUGCAGCCAGAAGCUAAGGCUUUUUUAUCCAGCUUCAAGCAGAAAAAUGCAGGGAGAGUCAAGUAGUCUAGGGUUUUAAGUUCCCUCCCCUUGUACGGUUUUGGCCAAAGGACAAAAAUAGUUUUCCUCAACUGUAAAUGAACUGCUAAGCCCCACCUCAGCUUGUUCACUGGAGACUUUGUUCGCUGUUCUGUGGACGGCCUUUUCUGGAUUCUCGUGUUCUUACCGCGCAAGAACGAGACGAAUGGUAACGUCUUCCACGUGACUCCUCUGCUCGUGUCUUAAGACAGUGUCUUCCCAGAACGUCAACACCCUCAACCUGGAGAUGAAACACCCGUGUCCUUUGCCUCAGUCACGUUUAGCAUUUUUGGAUGUUACCCAUGUCUCUUGGGAACCUGACUUUCAAGUGUUAAUAAAACCCUAAGUGCUGUUUAGGAAGCAGCAGUUUUCACAGUUCUGUCUCCUGUGUUUCACACUGGAUACCUCCUCGCUGUACAGAAGUGAUUUCAUCUUCAGACACAUUUGGUACCUCUAGAAAUAGGUCCAAGAAAUGGGAUGGUUGAGUGGGUUGGCAUGAAGUGGCUUAACUAUGUUAGCAACACUCAAAACUCUCUGUUUUCCAUUUGUUGGUUUGAAUCAUAAAAUUGUCAAGUGAUUUGUGUUUGUACUUUAUUUUUCUAUACCUUCUGGAAGGAUCUCAGUUAAAAAUAGCCACUCUACCCCCCACAUCAGGACGUAAUGGGAAGAAUUACCCAGUAUAUCUGCUGGUGCAUCUUGCUAGUUGUCAUGUCUGUAGGACUUGGGAGUUGGAAGGAAGGGGGAAGGGAAGGAAUUGGCUUGGUGGAUGCAGGAAGAAAACUGUUGAAAAUGGACAGAAAGCCGUUUUGAAGAGCCUUUGGGGGGGCAGUGUGCUAGGGCCGUUGGUCUAGUGGCCAGGGGGUGGAGCGGGUCUGCUGGCGAGAUCUGCAUCUGGGUUACACACGCCUCGUGUCCUCCAAGCCAUAGAGUUGUAAAGGCUCAGCCAUGUGUGCGCAGCUUUCUUUUGCUUGGCAGAGAUUCAGGAUCACAGAGUACCGCUCUCAUAAUUGAGUACGUGUUUCUUGCUGGCAGACAGACUCAAAAGUCGCUUUUACCUCCACGAGGCCUCUAGCCUCGGGCAUAAGUGGGAGCAUAGAGUGACAUUAUGGUCUAUUUAGGGACAAAGAAGGGACAAAGUCCAGAAAUGAGAAAACUAGGUCAGCCCCCAGAAACAGCCACACAGUGGCAGGGCUCUCCUGUCUGCUGUGCCCGGGGUGACUCAAGUAAGAAACGCGUGGCCCAGGAAUAGCCUUGGUUCCCACCCCCCUGGUGCCUGUCUGUUCCUCCACUGUGAGGCAUAAAGGUUCUCUGUGUCGUGGGUGUACCCAAGCACCAAGUGGCCAUGCUAGAGAGAUGGCAGCCCAGGAUAGUAAGCCUCGCCCCUAGCUCCCAGGUGGAUGGCCUCUGACACUGAGUUUUAGCUUCGUCCUCCACCCACCCUCAUCACCAUCUUUUUUUCUGUUCCAGCAGGAGUGGUCCUGCAGCCCUGCUAAAAGAGAGUAUACCUUUCCUGAGUACCUCACUCACCCACAGUGCAGGGUGGCAGAGAGAUAAGUCCUGUUUAGACGCUGGCUGAGAAUUUAAAGGUUGCUCCAUCUCUGCUGGUCCCAAGAAAAGACACUUCAUUAAACAUGUUAGUUUUGCAAUAAGAGGGAAUAUCACUUUCUUAAUCCAAAGAAAAUACAAAGAGUCUAGACUUUAAAAUCCAGAUAUUUCCAUUAUAAAAGAUGUAACAAUGGAUAUCGAAAUCCUCUCCCUUGGGCUUCUCUCAAAAGCAAGAGGUGGGGGCGGCAUCACAUUGUGCUCUGUAAUUUCACAUAAGCUCUGCCUUCCUUGCUUUCUCCACCAGAAAGCUCUCUCUGAGCUGUGAAGCGUUACUCCUUUUUAGAAGUUGAUCUCUUUGUUAAGUGACUUAAAACUCCAGUGGAAGAACAAGGCAUGGUCACUAGGUAGGGACUAUGUGUUUUAAAGGCAUAAUGAAAAGAUGGUUGCAAGAGGGCCUUCAGGAUGUCAUGGGUGGUCGGCAGACCCCAGUGUGCCUCUUCCAAGCUGGGUGAGCCCUCUGCCAUUGCUCUGGGGUUGGGAUUCCUUGAGUAAGGUUUGUGGAUCACUUUUGCAGACAAACGGGUGCCUUCCUCUAAUGGGGAAGACGCCUUUGAUUUCUACAGUCACCUUUUCUACUGUCGUGUCUCCAGAAAAAGAAGAUCACAUAUCUGUGGGAGAAUACAUGUCUCUUGUGACAAACCCUGGGGCCCAUUGGUGUCGCCAUGGUUUUCAGAAGAUCCUCUGUCAGAUCUGAGAGCUGAUUUCAUCUUGAGUGGGAAGAGGAAACUAGUAGUCAGUGUUUGUGCUCACUCGGUGCCAGAUGCUGCCCUCAGUAUUCUGUCUUUAGCUCAUGUAUUCUUCAGAACAGACCAUUUACCACACACACACAUGUUCUAAGUAGUGUGUCCUACAUGUUGAACUCAUCUGUCCAUGAUGGUCAUGUUAAAAGAAGGAAAAAUGUCAUUCAAGUAUAGAAUUACUAUUAUUACUACGCACCUUGCAACACUGUGAAGAAAAAAACGCCUUUGGGGGCACCCAUCUUCUAGAGUCUGUCUUUGGCUCCUUACCAGCUUGCUGUCCUCAUGGGGAGUCUUUCUUGGCCUUCGCUAACCCUACGAGUGUCACACAAACCCUGAGAGGCCGCUGGUGACAGAAGAGCUUUGGGGCUCAGAAGGGAAAGACUUGGGGGGAUUUAGACACAUCUUUUCAGCUUCUGAGAAAAGAUGCAGCCUGCACCGCAUUUUGGGUGCUCUUCCCUGGUUUUCCUAGGCUUGUUUCUUCAGAGGUUUGUCCUUUGAAAGAUAAAGGCCUCACCUUUGCAGAGAGAUCUGAGAGGCUCUGAGGAGGAAAGGCAAUGCCUGGACCACUGACUUACGUGGAAAUCCUUUCUAGUGGCCUACGCUUGGAUGAUUCUCUUUCUGAUUGCUGGGUAGGGGGUCUGUAUCUUUCCAGGCUCAUUUAAGCGCCACACCUAGAUGUGACUCAGUGGUGACCUAGAGAGAGUCACUGUGGUCCAAGGUCAGGCCAGCCCAGGAACUCCACAGAGUUCGUCUCCUAGCUCUGUAAAAUCCGCAGGGUAAAAGAUGAGCCAUUUCUGCAGCAGCUGGUGAAGGUGCUACCUGGAGGGACCAACAGAUGCCCUCCUUGACUCACACAGCAAGAUCCCAAAGAAUUUCUUGCCCAAGUUCCUUGGGAAGUAGGUCCCCAAGAUCCUGGUUGCUUCUAACCUAGCAACUUCUAGAUUCCUUCUGGGCAGUGUGGGAAUGGCUCUUAGCUCUUGGAAGCCAGAGAAAUUCCUAAGUCAGGACAGUCCCACUAGGCUGAAGUCUCCUGUAUGACAUUGUCUCUUGCCCUGAAUCCAUUCUUCGUUCCUUCUCAAGGAUUAUUUUUAGAUCAAGCCUUUGGAUUUGACUGAAUAAGAUUUAAAGUAAAAAGAACAGCAGAAACUUAGUGAGACCUGCCUUCAGCUCUCUGGGGUUGAAAAUCAGACCGUAGGGCUUCUUGGCUCAGACCCAGGAGUUUAAAAGAAAAAAAAAGGCAGUCCCUGGCUUGACAUUUCAGUCCAGACAUUCAGGGACCCUUCCCCUUUGACAGGCAAGUGAGCAAAGGGAUGUUUUGCUGGCGAUUCCAAGCCAUAUUUUUUCCAUCCAACAAAAGAUGUAAAUUCAUAAAAAUGACUAUCUGCUUUGCUGGCUAAGACCCAGGCAGUUGCCUUAUUAGGACAUUAAAUUUGGAUCUAUUCUUUUAACACAUACACAAACAUAGAUCGAUAAAGUAAACAUAAAUGCUUAAUCAUAGACAAGCUGGGGGGUGGGGGAUCUGUCUUCUGCCCUUCUGUAAUCACUACAGUAAUGUCUAGGGGAAUAUCCAUAUAAAUGUAAGGACGCUUAAACCGGAAAACCUAGCGACUCCUAGCGACUUGGGAGUGCCAAGGUGUGUGCGUGGUCUUCUUGCCCUGUGCCCUUCUGUGCCUGGUGUCUGCAUGUGUCGGGCUCCCCUGGGCCUCCGUGUGGGUUCUUUGACUCAUGUCCUUUCUCAGCCCACAGUGGGACUGAAGACGCAUGCCAGGCCCAGCCAUAGCAUUGCUCACACAUUCCCAUCCAUUCAUGUGGCCUUGGCUGUGACAUUGCCGCAGCUCCCCUGGGACGCUUGGUUAUCAAUGUGUCGAGUCAGAGUACCUAUCAGUUGUCCUAGGUGUGGUAUAGUUUAGCUCUCUCCUUUCCAGUCGCAGUGUGCAUUCGCCAGAUUAUUUGCACACCUAGUAGGCUCCAAGCUCUGAGCCGAUGGCCAAGCAGUACAGAGGUGAACCAAACAAUUUCCACCCUUCAGGAACCUACCACUAAGGAGAUCUACCUGAGGGAGAUGAGGGAUACUGUGGGGUCAGGAUAGAAUGGUAGCCAGCCAGCUUUGGGCAUAGAAGCUUCCAGAAAAUAGCAGCAAAAUCCUUACUUGUCUGGGCACAGAGGGAAAGUACCAGAAGAAUCAUUCUGAGAGGACAACAUGGGACUUCCCAUGGGUGGAGGGGGCCAUCUGGGGCCUCCUUACAGGGAAAGGGUUGGAGCUUAGGAAUAGCAGAGAAAAGAGAAAAUGAGAACAGGGUAGCAAACCGGGCCCCGGGGCAUUGCUGUGGAUUCGUGGAGAACGAAGGAGAGUUUCAGAAAUCUGCGCUCUUCACUCAGUGUGUGUCCCCGAGAACUAAAUGCGAUCAUUCCCAGAGUGGGAAUUGCCUUCCUUUGGAAAUGCAGAGCUGCUGGCUGGAAACAUGUAUGCCCAGCCAUCCUUUCUCCCCUUUCCAACUUCUCUUCCCGAAACACUGUUUGAGUUCAAGGUCUUUGGCCACGACUGGAUCUGGUUUGGAGACAGCUAGUUGAUCCUGACCCAUCAUUAGAGAAAUAACUAAAGUACCUCUUGGGACUAGGUUGACCUAGACCUGGAGAUGAGCGUGCUCCCUAAAAUAAAUGACUAUUUAGGAAGUGGCGAGGUGUUGUAAUAAGCUGCGGCGGGGCUGCGUCCCCGGCACCUGGCCGCCCGCAUGGCUUUACCCGAAAUAAUUACACGGAAACUGUAUUCUUUUACACACUGCUUGGCCCAUUAGCUCCAGCCUCUUAUUGGCUAGCUCUUACAUAUUGAUCUAACCCAUUUCUAAUAUUCUGUGUAGUACCACGAGUUGGCUUACCAGGAAAGAUCUUAAGCUGCGUCUGUGUGGAGUGGGAGAAUCAUGGCGACUCCUGACUCAGCUUCUUUCUCCCAGGAUUCUGUUCUGUCUACUCCGCCUACCUAAUUUUCUGUCCUAUUAAAGGGCUGAGGCAGUUUCUUUAUUUAACCAAUGAAAUUAACUCCUCCAUCAGCGAGGGCUUCCGUGUUGCGUGUGUCACUCUAAGCAGAGGCAGCGCCUUCGCAUAGCCUUCCCUGGGUUAGCUCACCUGCACUGACCCCGAGAGGCAGCCAGGCCUCUGCCAGGUCAUAAGAACGUGCUGGAGCCUUGCCAAGGACACAAGAGUAGAGGAGUUGGGGGGCGGAGGCUUGGGGGAGGGGUGUUGCUUUUGAGUUGUUUGUCUUUUUGUUUCUUUUUUUAAUCAUAAAGUACAGAUAAACAGUGUGUAAAUGCAGAAUAUCCACAAGACUACACAGUGGCUGAGGACCUGGCAGGGACUUUGAUUGAGGGGCACUCCCCAGGAGUGAGUCAUGGGAAGCCCCAGGUAAGCAGUGCCUUUUAGGUUUUCCAAAGAACCUUUUCAGGGUUUGCAGCACUGGGUCUCUCUCUCUCUCUCUCUCUCUCUCUCUCUCUCUCUCUCUCUCUCUCCUUUUACACACACACAAAAUGAAGUUUUAGGCAGAAGAAGCAGAAUUAGAUACAUCAGCAAUAAGUCAGCAUGGCUGGGAAACCAAGGCAAGAAUCACGGGUGAGGUUCCCUGUGAUGCUGGGGGCUUUGGGGCUGAGCACAGCUUUUCUAGCCGCAGGGCACUGAUCCUCAGCUUGGGGAUCCCAGGUAGGCCUAACUUGCUGCCCUUGGGGUGUGCAGCUUCAAGCUAUCUGGGUGCAGCCAGACAUGCCUACAAUCCACACCCACUUUCUAGACUGGAGGGAAGGAUUUUUUGCUCAGACGCCCACUCUUUUCCCAGAUAGUCCUCUGGCUCCUCAGCCAAGGAUGUGCAGUUCACAUCUUGUGGUUCCCUCUGGAGUAUCCCACAUGCUACCUCUAACCUCUGUUGAUGCUGAUGCUGGAAGUUAAUGGAACAUGUGGCCUCUCGCUCACCCACUUGAAAAUUAGGGCUCCCUCUCGUCAUUUUUCUGCCCUGGCUCAUUCCCCACUCAUCUUCAUCUCAUUGCCAAGAGGUGGUCAAACAGCCCCCAUGCCGGUUGUCAAAGGCCAUAGAAUGGCUCCUCCCACAGGUAUUAGUGUUUCUUUAGGAACAAGGUCUUGAUUCAAGAGAAAGCUACUGGUGAAGCAUUCAACCUCAGCCUAGUGUGCUCUUCUGGGCUCCUGAGAAAUCAGCUUGGGGUGGGCCUAGGAGCACAAAAGGGCUGUGCUGUCUGUGCAGGGACCUGUGAGGCAGUCAGGGCCUGUUUCCUUCCCACCUGGCUACCCUGUGAGGUACACCCUCCAGUACAUGAAUCUGUUAAGGUAUCCGCUCAUUUACUUUAUAGUAAGAGACAUACCCAGAAGAGAAAAAACAAGGACACAAUUUUGAAACCCAUACAUAAAACAGUGUAUAAGGAGUAUAUUAUUUUCUCUUGGUACAGUUAAGUGUGGCCAUGGGUAUCUAUCUCCGAGUAUGUUGGAUACCCAACUUGAAUACCACUACUUUGGUGCAAAUCAGAAUAGCAUGAUUGCAUCCCAAAUCACUGUUUGGCACUCAGCCUGUAGAAGGAAAAAGUCACAAGGUAAUCCCUGAGAGCUUUGAAUCUGAGAGAUCUGGGGCAUGCAAACUCACACAGUUUAGAUUUAAAUAACUGAGCCCCCCCUCCCACAGGAGAGCUUUCCCUACACAAUAGUGGUUACCGGUGCUGAGAACAGGUACAUUGUACAGAGCGGGUAUUGUUCACCUUCCUUCCCGCAUCUCCCGAAAAGGACAUUGUCAAUACCCAACUCUCUCCUGAAUGGAACUCCUUGAACCCUCAGAGUGCUUCAGUGGUACCAAUCCCAUGGAACCAGUGGACUGUGGCUUGAGUAUUAUUUUUGAUUGGACUAUCAAGAUGUUCUGAUAAUUCUGUUCCAUUUUGAAAAGGAUCUGAGAAAGUAUACAAGUCUAAUUAUAUAUACAUAUUUAUACAUGUGUAUUUUUGUUUAUUGUUACAUUUUGACAUUGGAGUUUCUAUUAAAUAAUUUUUAACAGUU